CAAUAUAGAAUUCCAGUUCAUUCAAAGCCUCUCAAUCUUUGUCAGCAAUUAUCUUAAGCUUAUUCAUUUUGGAGAGAGAGAGAGAGGGGGGGGCACACGACAUGGCAAGCUGCAACAUGGCAUCAGCUGCUUCUGGGUUUGUGCUAACACCUAAUGUUUCAAGCAGCACAAGUUCAUCUGCCAGGAGUAACAUGCUAUUCUUCCCUUUGAAGAACAACAGUUCAAGGCUAGUUGUUAGGGCGGCUGAGGAAGGAGCAGCUCCACCUGCCACAGCACCAGUUGAAGGUGGAGCUCCAAAGCCUAAACCACCACCAAUUGGACCCAAAAGAGGUGCCAAGGUUAAGAUUCUGAGGAAAGAGUCUUACUGGUUCAAUGGCAUUGGAUCUGUGGUAGCUGUUGACCAGGACCCAAAGACUCGCUACCCAGUGGUGGUUCGCUUCAACAAAGUUAACUAUGCAAAUGUAUCUACAAAUAACUAUGCAUUGGAUGAAAUUGUAGAAGUUUAAAUGAGUCAUGUUUGUAUUAUCAUCGUAAUUUUAAUUCUCCCUCUGUUCCACCCUCUAGAUUUGGUUUGUUUGUGCCAGGAAUGUGUAUCAUACCCUCUUUGAUUUCUUCUAUGUUCUUCCUUAUAAUUUUAUGGUUGCUGCUGCGUA